CGUGGGGAAGCGAAGGGACGCGCUGCGGCGGCAGCAGCAGCAGCAGCAGCAGCAGCAGCAGGCGCUGCUCACCGGGGACGCCCGCGGCUCGCCCCUCUCCGCUGCGGGAGAAGAGCUUUUUGCCGCCCGAAAAUGCAACAGCAACAACAGGAACGUCGAAAGUUCACAGCUGCCCUCCUGGCACUUGUUUUCAUUCUGGCAGCUGUGAGUACCACCGAGGCUGGCAAAAAAGAGAAACCAGAGAAAAAGGCGAAGAAGUCUGACUGUGGGGAAUGGCAGUGGAGUGUCUGCGUGCCCACCAGUGGUGACUGUGGCUUGGGGACGCGUGAGGGCACUCGCACUGGAGCUGAGUGCAAACAAACCACCAAGACUCAGAAGUGUAAGAUUCCCUGCAACUGGAAGAAGCAAUUUGGAGCGGAGUGCAAAUACCAGUUCCAGGCCUGGGGAGAAUGUGACUUGAAUACUGCCUUGAAGACUCGAACCGGGAACCUAAAGAGAGCCCUUCAUAAUGCUGACUGCCAGAAGACUGUCACAAUCUCAAAGCCCUGUGGGAAGCUUACCAAACCCAAACCUCAAGAAUCCAAGAAGAAGAAAAAGGAAGGCAAGAAACAAGAGAAGAUGCUGGAUUAAUGGGGCCGACUUGGGCAAUGUGAGAAAGGGACAUCAGCAAACACGAUCAGUUAACAGUUUCAUUUAUACCUAGGCAUUUUAUCCUAAAAUUAUUUAUAGCUUAAUGGUACUAUAGAAGGAAACAAACAAACACAGAAAAAAAAUCCUUUCUUUAUUACUUUAGUAUUUUUAAUGUAUAACCCUAACAACAAUCUUUAGAGGCCUGUAAUAAAGGACUCCA